AUGUAUUAUUGCGUUGCAAGGGGCGGUGACGCCGAGGGGGGGAGGUGCCAGUGGCCCCGACGCCGAUGGCGACGCCGGCGGCCCACAUCCCAACAGCCCACGCGUCCGCCUGCCUGGCCCACCUCCACCUCGUACAUUUCGUCACGUCACUGUCCACUCGCAUCCACCCAUCAUCACACAAUGGAGCUGCCGCCACUGACAUUCGAGCUCGCACGGCUGAGCCCGUACACGCUAGUGCCGGGCGCGGCCACGCCGUCGCCGUUCGACGUGGUGCCCUCAGCGGCGGACGCACGGCCCGCGCCGGGCCUGCCGACGGGCUUCACCGUGUCCCCGACGAGCAACUAUCCCGCGCCGUUCGGGUUCGCGAGCCUCGGCGAGCGCGUGAGCGCGCAUGUGCGGCUGACGUCGGCGCACCCCGCGCAGGAGCCAGUGCGCGGGGUCAAGAUGAUGCUCGAGGUGCAGAGCCCGUCGGGGAGGUUCCGCCUCGGCGAGGUCAUCCACGGCACGGGCGGGCGCGAGGCGGGCUCGGAGCCUGCGCAGGCCGAAGAGCGCGCAUGGGACGACUUGCCCCGCCUCGAGGCUGGCGAGGCCGUCGAGAUCGACUCGGGACACGAUAUCAGCGAGCUCGGGAGCCAUAUCCUCAUCUGCUCGGUCGCGUGGGAGACGCCCGAUGGGCGGAGGACGUUUCAGCGGUUUCUCAAGUUUACCGUCAACGCCCCGCUCGCAAUCAAGACACGAGUCCACACCGCGACGCACCCCAACUCGGCCCUGUCGCCAUCCCGCCGCGCAGACGUCUACCUCGAGGUCCUGAUGCAGAACGUCUCCCCUGCGGCGAUGGAAUUCGGCGAUGUGAUCCUCAACGCCGUCGAGGGGCUUGUCGCGCGGCCCAUCCUGCCGGCCGAAGCGCCCGCCGACUUUGAGGUCUCUAAGCACGCCGCCGAGCCGCCGUCCCUGCUGCCAGGCGACACGAUGCAGCGGCUGUUCGUGCUCUCGCCCGCGGCGGACACGGGAGCGCUGUCGUCCUUCCCGCCGACGUACGCGGCCGGCACCGUCCUCCCACUCGGCCGGCUCGACAUUGCGUGGAUCGCCGGGCCGUACCGCGACCCGGGGCGAUUCCAGACAUCGACGCUGAACCGCCGUGCGCCGGCACCAGCCACAGCAGCCCGCGCGCCGCCAUCCCGGCCCAACUCGGUGCUUGGCGCGCCGCCGCUGCGCGCGGCAACAGGCUGGGAGUUUGACCUGACCCUCGCCGACGCGCCGCGCGAGGCGGCGCUCGAGGAGCCGUUUGAGCGCACGCUGCGCGUCGCUGUGCGCUCGGCGCCAGUGGCCGAGGGCUCGGCGGCCCCGCCACCGCUCCAGCUCGGAGUGCAGUUCCUCGCGGCGCCACCACCCGCCAACGCACCACCGCCGCCGGCGUCGGCGUCAGCGCCGGCACUCGCCCUCUCGCCGCCGUCGCGGAGCGCCACGCCGGUGCGCGGCGCGUCGCCUGCUGUCCCCGGCCGGCCAUUCUCGCCCGGCAGCACGCCGUCGCGGCCGAUGACGCCCGUGUCGGCGCAAUUACGCCACGCCGUCGUGUCCAACAUUGCGAGCCCGUCGGCGCCGUCGACCCCCGCAUCACCAGGGUUCGGCACGCCGGCGCCACCACCGCCCGCGCCGGCCCCAGCGUUCCCGCCCGCGCCGGUGCUCGACCGCAGCGGCGUGUCGUUACCGAAGCGCGGGCUGCCCGCUGCGCGGGCUGGGCGUGCCGCUCCUGUCGGCUCGACGCUCGUGCUCCCGCCACCCGCAGAGUGGACGCUGCUCGCCGAGCGCCCGGGCACGACGUACGCUGCCGAGGCGCCGGGCACGACGACGUCGCAGCGCUGGGAGGCGGCGUACGAUGUGCCAGCGCGGUACGUCGCGCUGGGUGAGGGGCUCGCCGAGCUGGGCGGCCUGCGCGUCCUGGUGCUGCAUGACGACUCGGCCACGACCGGCUCCGUGGGGCGCGAGUGGGAGAGCUUGGGCGAUGUUUGGAUCGCCGCGGCGUGA